GCCUGGCUCUGAUGUCAACUUGAAUUGUCAACUACAACGGCGCCAGUACAUGUAGCAAAAGUCAACAACACCGAUCCGACCCAUUCAAGGAAGCAGCUAGGUACUCCGAACUUGCGCAGGAACCUUGCGGCGCCACGUCAAUUUACACAACAACAGACAUCGAUCGCUUCUGCUCCUCCGCCGUCGCCAUGUUGUCAGGCCUCGCAAACCCGCGGCAAGCUGCCGUCCAGCUCAUGAACUUUGGCCUGAUCCUGUCAACUGCAUUCAUGAUGUGGAAAGGUAUUUCGGUUAUCACAGAUUCCCCGUCCCCGAUUGUCGUCGUCCUGUCCGGUAGCAUGGAGCCGGCCUUUCAGCGCGGCGACCUCUUAUUCUUGUGGAACCGCAAUGUGUUGGCCGAAACCAGCGUUGGGGAGAUUGUUGUGUACAAUGUGAAGGGCAAGGAUAUCCCCAUCGUGCACAGGAUAGUCAGGAAAUUUGGAAAGGGACCUGAAGCGAAACUGCUCACAAAGGGAGAUAACAACGUCUCGGACGACACAGAGCUCUACGCAAGUGGACAGGAUUACCUGGUUAGAAACGACAUUAUCGGGAGCGUUUUCGCCUACAUUCCUUUUGUUGGCUAUGUCACCAUUCUUUUAUCCGAGCACCCAUGGCUCAAGACUGUCAUGCUCGGACUGAUGGGUUUGGUGGUGGUUUUGCAGCGUGAAUAGCCACGUUUGAUUAUAGCAUAAUUCCCUUCUCGAACAGCGAUCGAUGCCACCUUUGUUUUCCGCCUGAUUAUUCGGACUUGUGACUUUUACAUGUACUUGUCACCAUCGAUAAGCGUUGGAAGUCUCAAGGUGAAGAAGAUAAAUGGAAAGAGGUGAGUAAACACCUGGUCAAAGUUAAAUAAAUGGCUUAUGAUGCCAUAUUGACCCGCUACCGAUGUACCUAGGUACCUAUCUAUCUCUUUAUGGUCCG